AUGUGCUUUCGGCCCGGCCUGGCCAUCAAAGUCAAGGAAUGCUUUCAGAAGGAGGCCGAGCGCCUGGCCCGCCAGAAGCAGAUGGCAGGUCCCUUUGGCUGGUUAGGUGAUGCAUUUGGUUUUGGGGCCGACAUGUGCGGCCUCGGGUUGCUUUCGGACAAAGGCGAGGUGUCCUUGCAGCAGAGGGCAAACCACAGCAGCGAUUUUGUCGUGGCUGCGGUAUGUGGAGGCAUGAGCGCUGGCAGUGCGAUCAUGGAUGCUGUCAACGGCGGAAUCGAGAAGGUGCACGACGCGGAGAACUUUGCCGCAGACGACUGCAAUCGGAUGGCUGCUGAGAUGACCUUGGAGAAACUGGAGGGAAUCGAGCAGACUUUGGGGGACGUGCAAGGCCAGAUUACCGAUGUUGAGAACAUGGUGGCUGCUGUGGGGGACCAGAUGCGAGUAAACCAUGCAGAGACCAAGCAGAUGCUGACGUCUUUGGCGAACCAAGUGCGCGAAGGGCAAGAAGCGAUGAGGCAGAUCGAAACAAACUUGGACAACCGCCUUCUCGCAAUCAGCAGAAACACUGCGACGUUGAGUGCGAAGCUCGAUCUGCUGUCCAACAAGCUGUCAAAAAGCAUGGAAGAGGCAGAGGCUGCGCAUUACCGGGAGCUCCUGGCACGCUUUUCUGCAGCCGCAGCAGUCAUUCGUGGAGCCUAUGAAGACAUCGUUGAGUCUGGCCGGAACAUCGAUCGUCACAAUGCCAGGCUGACGUUGCCCGUGGUAUCAAGCGGCCUUUCCGUGGCCAAGGAAGAGUCUGUCUCCUUGCAGGCCAGGUCACAGGAACAGCUGCAGAACAGUUGGGGCCGCGCGCGUGAUGCCUUUGCUGAUCUGACCGGGAUACUUUCCGAGGGCGGCCUGCUCUACCUGCACUUCAAACUCCUUCUCCAGGCUGAGGCAACUGACUGGGUGAAUACUCGUGAAAUACGAACAGUGUUUCUGGAGAUGGAUGCCUUCAUCACCGAGAUGACGUCGAAGCUGGAUGGGGACUACAUGUUGGCACGGUUCGUCGAAACCAUGAUGUACAUGGAUGCCAUGUUGGAGAGCUACCUCGCCCGCUUCCCCAACUACGAGACAAUCGGCGCCUACCUGCAGAACCUCGACGACUUCAAGAACAACCUUGCAGAGACAAAGGUGCGGCUGGCGGAGGACAGCCUCAGGGCCACCAUCCUCGAGGCGCCCAUGUUGGGUCGCUACCGGCCCUUGGAUUCCUGUGCAGCUGCUGCGUUCAGGUACGGCAUCGUGGACACAAUGGCCCGGUGGCGGCAGAGAAACGUCGCGACCGAGAAUUCUGUGCUUGUGAUCCCGAGCAAGCUCCUGCACGGAGAAGAUGGCGCCAUCUUCCACUGCAACCAACGCUCACCAACGGUCAAUAGCAACGUCAUCGUGGCAAACUUCAAUCCAGCCCCAACCGAUUGGACGGAUCAAAUAUCCAGCCCCAUGCAGCACAAUGGAAGAACGACAGACGUCCUGACGAUCGACUGUGGAGAGGACUAUGUGGUCGAUGGGACCAGUGUUCGCUCUGCCAAGGCACAGUGCAGCUGUCGGACGCAGGAGUCCAGCCCACCUGGGUGUCAUGCAAACCAUGGCUGCGUGCUGUACAAAGUCACGUGGACGUGCAACAUUCAUCCCUCGGGUCCGGCAUCUUCGCUGAAGUGCAAGCUCAAGAGCGAAGCGCCGCAGAAGACAGUGACGAAGACCAGCCCGCCGAGCCACAGCGUCACGAAGCAGAUCGGCAGCGAUGGUCAAGCUUUCACCAUGCUCACGACGUACCUCGAGCGGCUGACUGCAGGCCUGCUUACGAAGAAGGUGUCCGGCGAGAAGUGCUACCGCAUCGGCGAGAACGGCCUGGGCAUCAAGGUGGGGAACAACUUCGUCCAGAUUGGCAAGUGGCGUCUGGCGAUGAUCAACUCCGCCCACUUCUCCCUGUCACAUAGCGAAGGCCAGACACCCCAGAUCUGGCGCAGUGAUGGGACGAUGCACCCAGGUCCUCGUACAGACUGGGGAUCGUGGGGGUGGGCAGAAGGCGUCACGCUGACCUCACUGAGCAUGGACACCAGCCAGUAUGGCGUCUUCUUUGGGGACCGUUUCAUCCAGGUGGGAAAUUGGAGGUUUGGGCAGACGGACCCUUCUCACUUCACCAUUUCCGUCAAGAACCCCAAUGGCCAGGUUCGGACCGUCCAGAUCUUCCGGCGGGACGGGUUGGUCGUCACGCUCGGGCCCCCCAGCGAAGCCGCCUACAACACAUGGGGCUUUCAUCGAGACAGACCCCAAGGCAUCAGCUUCGGAGAUCACUUCCUUCAGAUCGCUGGCUUUCGCCUCUCCGCCACCGCCGACGCGAACGGAGACGCCUUCACCAUCUCCCAUACAACAGGAGUCGAUCCGAAAAGCCACAACACGGCCAAGACCAUCAUGGCCUACAGGAAAGCUGGCACCCACUAUGUUCCGGGGGCUGGUGCUCCGCAGCGUCAAGUCUCCACGUUUGCAAGGCCUGCGUGCCAGGAAGACACGCCGAACAUGGCGUGA